GUUACACAUACCCUUCAUCCAAUCAACUAUUACAGUGAUCUCGUGAUUUCAGAUCCGUUCAUCAUGACCCAAAAGGAGCCAGCUACUCAAAGCGCCGUUCUCCACCGAGACACCCACUUCAUACCCAGAAAGGCCAUUGGCGGCAAAGGCUGCUAUAUAUUCCUCGAAGAUGGGACCAAGUUUCUCGACUCGACCGGCGGGGCAGCGGUAUCGUGUCUUGGCCAUGGCCACGAGGAAGUCCAACAUGCCAUCAUCAAUCAAAUGAGCCAGCUCUCCUACUGCCACUCAGCCUUUUUCGGCACAGAAGUGUCCGAGGAGCUAGGCCGGUUUCUGACCGAAUCAACCGGCGGUAAACUGUCGAAACUAUUCGUCGUAAGCUCAGGCUCCGAAGCAAUCGAAGCAGCCCUCAAACUAUCCCGCCAAUACUUCCUGGAGCUCCCGACCCCGGAGCCCCAACGCACUCGCUUCAUCGCACGCAAACCCUCCUACCACGGCGUAACCCUCGGCGCCCUCUCCGUAGGCGGACACACCAGCCGCAGAGCGCCCUUCGAGCCCAUCCUCUCAGACAACACCUCGCACGUCUCCCCAUGCUACCCGUACCGCGGCAAGGAGCCCAACGAGUCAGACGCAGAGUACGUCUCGCGCCUAGCUGCAGAACUAGACGCAGAGUUCCAGCGUGUGGGGCCGGACACCGUGUGCGCCUUCGUCAUGGAAACCGUAGUGGGAGCUAGCCUCGCCGCCCUCCCUCCAGUCCCAGGCUACCUACGCGCCAUCGAAUCCGUCGUGCGCAAACACGGCGCCCUUCUCAUCCUCGAUGAAGUCAUGAGCGGCAUGGGCCGCACCGGCACGCUGCACGCCUGGGAGCCAGAGCACGUCGUGCCGGACCUACAAGCCAUCGGCAAGGGCCUGGGCGGCGGCUACGCGGCUGUCUCGGGCCUCCUCAUCCACGAGCGCGUCGUCGGCGUCCUCGAUCGCGGCUCCGGCGUGUUUCGCCACGGCCAGACCUACCAGGGCCAUCCUGUUGGCUGUGCGGCCGCGCUCGCGGUCCAGAAGGUCAUCCACCGGGAGAAUCUGCUGGGGAAUGUGCGGGAAAUGGGGGCGUAUCUUGGAGAGACGCUUAGGAAGAGGAUUGGCGGGUGUCCGUAUGUUGGGGAGGUGAGGGGGAGGGGGUUGUUCUGGGGGAUCGAGUUUGUGAAGGAUCGGACGACGAAGGAGCCCUUUCCCCUGGAAACCGGGGUGGCGGGGUUAAUCCAGGAAACGGGGAUGGAUCCUCGGUUUGCUAUCUCGUUGUAUGCGGGCAAUGGGACGGUCGAUGGGGUCCGAGGGGAUCAUGUGUUGCUGGCGCCGCCGUAUAAUGUCACGAAGGAGGAGGUGGAUUUGAUAGUUCGGAAAGCUGGGGAGGUGAUUGAGGCCGUUUUUGAGAGGCUGAAGGUCGAGGGGAAGAGAUAAGUGUAUGAGCUCAUUUGGACGGCCUUUUCAGUGCUGGCUAUGCUUGGGUGCUGGAUACUACAUGCUGCAAUGCUGUUAUCACAACUACGUCGAUGUGCCUGAGCUAAGGCAUCGUGAACUAGAGUGGG